AUUAUACGAAAAUACAGAAAACGAAAUUACGCUAGGGAUAGUUAAACAGAAACUGAAUGUUACCUGCUGCGUUAAGCAAAAGGUAUUAAGCUAUAAAAAGUUGCAUUUGUAUAAAAAAAAGGGUUUAAACUGAAUUUACUAGGGAUAGUUCUUUACCAAAGAGAUGAACGAUGGAACUGAGCAGGUUGUGCCUCCGAAAAAAAAGUCUGUUCAGUAUCCUGACCAGCACUCAACAAAAAGCGGGAAGCAGAAAAAACACAGCAAAGCAAUGGCACACGAAAUGCAGAAGAGGGUUUCUAAAUGCAAAGACAACCAGGACACUCGUUUAGACUUAAGCCAACUGGAUUUGACGUCUCUGUCGACCACUAUUAAAAAUAUGACCCAGCUCUGUGAAAUUUUUCUCUAUCAAAAUAAGCUGGCAAAAGUUCCGGACGAAUUAGGACAGUUAGUAAACCUGACUAUUCUUGCUUUGAAUGAGAAUCACCUUACAUCUUUGCCUGCAUCACUGCAGAACUUGAAGCAGUUAAAAAUGCUCGAUUUAAGGCACAAUAAACUCCGUGAGGUGCCCCAAGUGGUGUACCAGCUGCAGUCUUUACGUAAAUUGUAUUUGAGGUUUAAUAAAAUCACAACUAUCGAUCCAGCCAUCGAAAACUUAUCUAAUUUGACUCAGUUGAUCAUCAGAGAGAAUAAAGUAAGAGAGAUCCCCUCAGAAAUAGGCAAGUUGACACAGCUUGUAACAAUUGACGUUUCUUACAAUGAGUUAAAAGAAAUUCCAGAAGAGAUUGGUAACUGUAGGCUUGUUACUUUCCUCGAUCUGCAGUACAAUCGUCUUACUCAGCUACCAGAAUCUAUAGGUAAUCUUGUGAAAUUAAAUCGUUUGGGAUUAAAAUAUAAUCACUUGCUUGGUUUGCCACGCUCACUACAAAACUGUGUCCUUCUCUCUGAUUUAAAUUUGGAAAACAAUGAUAUAGAAACCUUACCCGAUGGCUUUCUGAGCAGCUUAACCAAUCUUACAAGUGUAACACUGGCAAGGAAUAAAUUCUCCUCGUACCCAGUUGGUGGUCCUUCACAAUUUACAUCUCUUGGUACUCUUAACAUGGAGCACAAUCAGGUCGACAGAAUCCCGUUUGAAAUCUUCUCGCGUGCUACCCAUCUCUCUACAUUAAACAUGAGAAGCAACCAGCUCACGUCCCUUCCACUAGAUGUUGGUUCAUGGAAAAGCAUGGUUGAACUAUGCCUCAACUCAAAUCAACUAACCAGACUACCUGACGACAUAGGGAAGCUACAGUCUUUACAGGUUCUAAUGGUAAGCAACAAUUUGCUCCGGAAGAUUCCGGGAUCGAUUGGUCAGCUCACCAACCUCCAAUGCCUCGACUUGGAGGAAAAUAAUCUCGAGUCUCUACCUUCAGAAAUUGAACAUCUUACUCAGCUCCGUAAGCUGAAACUUCAAGGCAACAAACUGACGGUUCUUCCGCGUGGUCUCGGCCACUUGUCCAACCUUACAAUACUUGCUGUCGGGGAAAACCAAAUGCGAGACCUCCCCAACGAAAUCGGUAACCUGAAAAGCCUGGAAGAGCUUUAUUUAAACGACAACCCACUCCAAGUUUUGCCGUUUGAACUGGCAUUAUGUACCAAGCUAGCACUCAUGUCUGUAGAAGACUGCCCACUCUCCCAAAUCCCAACCCUUGCUGUGGAAGGUGGCCCCAGCACCAUAAUGCAGUAUCUGCGAGUAAAGGGACCAUAUAGAACCAUGGUUUAAGGGCGUUGUAUGUCAUCUGAUCAAAGCCAACUUCGAAUCCGCUCAUCGAGUACGUCAGUCGCAUUUUAAUCAUCGGUCGAAACAAAAAACAUUAAAUCAGCAUUCUGCUUUUUCCCACCACCUUCCAGUAUUACGCUGUGACUUUGUAUUCUGUCACGCCAAAUUCAUCGUUCAAAUCUUGCCAGCAAGAUAGUAGAAAACCCGCUUUCUAUCUAUCUCCUCAAACCAUCCAAAUGUAUGUAGCUGGCAAGUUCAUAACAUAACAUCACAUUCGCCAUUCCUGUCCCACCCUUUCCCAUUGAUCUUUUUUUAUUGCACGGCUGUUUAAAAUCAUGCUUUUUGUUUAAGGCAUUUUUACCCCAACUUGGCCUUUUAUUGCUUUUUCUUUUUUUAGCUCACCGGCGAAAAGUCCGGUGUUACACAACUCCAUACAGUCAGUGUUUUUCGCCGUAAAUUUUUCUUAAAAUUCGUUUUUUUUAGCAAUAACGCUUAAUAUUGGAGACUUGGCACACUCGCACAUUUGCUACAAUAAGGUACACAGUUUUGAAGCCGUAAUAAAUCAGUACAAACCCUCAAAACCAUAAAAAGUGUUCCCCAAAUUAACCCUGCUUCCAUCGCCACACUCACGCCACCGUCUGUUAAGUUUUUUUACUUCCGAUUUUCUCGCACAUUUUUCAAACGAUUUUUGCAGGUAGUGAUUUCAAUUGAAUGCAAAAAUCGUAUUUUUGUUUAACGCAUGGUAGACCACGUUCAUGUAACAACCUGUACAGAUAUCUUUCAGUUGUCAGCCACCUAAAAUUAAGGCGAACUCUAUUUAUCUAUUUAGUAGAACUAAUUACAAAACUCGAUAGCGAACCUGUUUUAAUUUCACAAACAUUUCAAUUAAAUGUCGUUGACCAUUCAUUUAUUUCUUCGAAAACCGUUCAAAUAUUUUUUUGCGUCACCACUCAUACUUGUUACAGAAAUCAGUGCUAACAUUUUGCCAAUUUAAGCGUUUGUGUUUUGUUUUCCCAUUUCGUCCAUGAAUCUGCACUAAUUGUUUGUUUUCCCGCCCACGGUCCAUCCGAAGAGUGUAAAGCGCCAUGUGUUCGACAAAUUUGGCGCGACCCCUAUCCGCUGUUUUACAUGCUACCGUAGUUUGCGAGAAACAAUAAAUUUACGCCUUUAUUCUGGCCCCCAUA